UUAAUUAACAAAUAAAAAACAUCUUAAACAGUAUUUUAACUUACCUGAGAUUGGGUAUAACCCAUAAAGAACUAUCAAAUGUGUACUUAAACCUACCACGUUUCGUUUUAUUGCAUGUCUUUGGUACUGGCAAUUUAGUUUUGAUGUCUUUUAUAUCUUACUCAGCCUCAUAAAUUUUAUUGUAGCCAUGGUAGGACUAAUGUCUUCGAUUCGGCCGACAUAGUGCACAACAGUCUUUUUUGUAUUAAAUUUAACAAGAACGAAAUCAUUUAUUUUAAUAUUUCUGUUUACCAUUAUCACAUCAUCUUCGUAAGUACGUCACGAUCACGAUUUUUUCUGUCUUCUUUUUUCUUAUGUAGAAAUGACCCGAUACGUCGCAAAAUGGCGGACGAUAUAAAAUGAAGAGUAUGAAAUGCUUGAGAUCUUGAGAAAUAUAUUCUAUAACGAAAAUUGAUAAUGUAGAAUCUACAUCUACGGUUUCUAUAUUUCUAUUUACGAUAUAGAUGCUAUAAUGCUUCUUUUUUGAAGAAUUAUCUUCUUUCAGCUUCGAAACUGUGCUAAAAAACGAAAGGCUGCAAUAAUUUCUCAGUGCCGCGGUCGAAUAUCACGUGGCAACAAUUUCUUCGAAGGUCGAACCCUCCUCGUGGCUAUUCUUCUAUCAAUGGCUUCUUAGGGCUUCACGCAAGGUGUGAUCAAGCAGCGACGUCGUAUUUAAAAGUUGUAUUAGAAGUAGAGAGUAGAGACACGAACAGUCACAGGAACUUACGAAGUCACUUAUACACCGGCGCACUUUUUUAAUUUUACGAUAAGAAGGACCAUUCUAUGUGCCCUACAUAAUAUAAUUUUAAGUCCUUCGAGUAGCUCGAUGAGGGCAACAUAGAAAAAAGGCGGAUUUAUAGAAUCACGAUAUUUAUUUUUAUGGCACAACAGAUUACACCAUUUUAUUAUAAUGAGUUUUCUUAACUAACUAGGCAUAGACUCUCAAAACUAUUCUAGUAUUGCUAUAGCUAAAAUAUUUAUGAUUGACUUGGUCAUAAACACAGUAACCGACAAAAAAUCCGUUCGUCGUCGUUGAGAAUGCAGCGGCGCACGCGCCGUAAAGGGUCCCAUACACUUACAGUCCGCCUGCAGUCUCUGGUACGAACGGGCGGCUUGCCGUCCAAGGUCUGCAUAGCUCACUCACUAUAGCGAUUGUUGCCUGCCGGCAAUGGUUGAACGACGGCUCCGAGUCUACACACUAGCAGACGGCAGUCGACAGUUUCACACCGCAAUGCGGCGUGCCGGCAAUUGCCUGACAUAACGGCUAGGGCGUACACACUUGCAGGCGGCAGUCGGCAGUUCGUUUGCAGCUGCGCGUAGUUGUUCACAGUUUUGAAAUCGUAUCAGCUCAGUGAUAAUGUUACGUAAAAAACGAUGUGCUAUUUUAAUACUUCAUUUAUUAUCAUCAUCAGAAAGAAGAUAUUGGAUGAAAAAGUGGCUGCGUGGAAGAGAAUCAAGAUCUCAUAUGACGUUAGUACGUGAACUGAGGCAAUCGCAUCAGGAAGAUCUAUUUAAUUACUUGCGAAUGUCUUCAGACACCUUUAACAUGUUAUUAACCAUGGUUAAACCAUACAUCAGUAAAAUGAAUACAAAAAUGCGUCAGUCUAUAAGCGCAGAAGAGAGAUUAAUAGCAACUUUACGGUUUUUGGCAACAGGACAAAGCUUUGAGGAUUUAAAAUUUCCUACAAGAAUUUCGCCUCAAUCCCUGGGUGUAAUUAUCCCGGAAACAUCAAAAUAUAUUUGUUUAUUGCUAAAGGAUUUAUGUAUAAAGUUACCAUCGUCUAUCGAAGAAUGGCAAGAGAUUGCAAAAGGUUAUGAAAGUCGAUGGCAUUUUCCUAAUUGUGGAGGUGCUAUUGAUGGUAAGCACAUCAGAAUUCGAAAACCAGCAAACAGUGGAUCUUACUAUUAUAACUAUAAACAUUAUUUUAGUAUUGUAUUGAUGGCAGUUGUAAAUGCAGACUACGAAUUUAUAUAUGUUGAUAUCGGCUGUAAUGGAAGAGUAUCAGAUGGAGGUGUUAUUGAGUAUACUAGUUUUUAUAAGAAGUUGCAAAACAAGCAAUUGAAUUUACCACCUAACAAUAUGAAUAAAAACAAUAUGAACUUUGUAUUUGUAGCCGAUGAUGCUUUUGCAUUACAUGAAAAUGUUAUUAAACCUUAUCCACAAAGAAAUUUAACACGUGAAGAGCGCAUUUUUAACUAUCGCUUGUGUAGAGCUCGACGCACAGUAGAAAAUGCUUUUGGCAUAUUAUCUAGCCGAUUUAGAGUUUUACAUACAGAAAUCAAUAUGAAACCAGAAAAAAUUGAUUACAUAGUUUUAGCUUCAUGUUACCUGCACAAUUUGUUAAAGAAAAAUGAAAACGCCAAUUACCUACCUACUCGAGCACUGAUUACUGAAGAUUUAGAUUUUGGUAGGGUUGUACGAGUACAUGGAGAUUUAAGCGAAGAUAAUACCCUGACUAGCUUACAACAGGGGCACAGCAGAAAUGUAUGUGAAACCGCAAAAUUAAAUCGUGACAAAUACAAAGAAUAUUUCGUGCAUGACGGAGCUGUAUCGUUUCAAUAUAAUUUUGUAAAUUGAAAUAAAUAUUUAAAAAAUACUUACUGUUUCAUUUUCAUCAACGAUGCUGUCGCUUCCGAUACUAUUCCGUGGCAUUUCUUGAUCUGCGGUGAACAUCAACAUGUCAAAAUACCACAAAUUUGAUGUAUAUACGUCGU